AUGCCUGCUUUGCCACCUGGUUACUCAAUCAGAAGAUUGGAAGCCAAAGACUAUGAAGGGGUGGUGGAAACCUUAAAGGUUUUGACGGUAGUUGGCGAUGUCACCAAGUCUCAAUUCGAAGAGCUUGUGAAGUAUUGGAAUGACACCACGCUCCACAUCGGCGUACACUCACUACCAGUAUACAAUCCGCACGUGGUUGUAGAUGAGACUGGUCGAGUUGUAGCCACAGGAACCGUUUUCAUCGAGCGUAAAAUCAUCCGCGGUUGCGGUUUGGUGGGCCAUGUUGAGGAUAUCGCAGUGGCAGAAGAUCAACAAGGCACACAGUUGGGAUUGCUCUUAAUUCAGCAUUUGACAAAGCUAGCACACGAUAGAGGUUGCUACAAGGUAAUCCUAGAUUGCGACCAAAAGAAUGUGGGGUUCUACGAAAAAUGUGGAUAUCGCAGAUGUGGUGUGGAGAUGGAUCACAGGUUAUGA